UGGGAGAUCAUGACCUGAGCCGAAGUCUGACUUACCUGAUGGAACCACCCAAGCACCCCUAUAUUUUACAUUUGUAUCUUUAGUUUAUCUGGAAUUUAUUUUGGCAUAUCUGGUAUGAGGUUAAAAUCCAGCUCUCUUCUUUCCUAUGGCUCAUUUUUCAUUAGAUUGUAGAUUUAGAAAAUCUAUAAUUUAUAUAGAAAAAAUGUUCACAAAAAUUUGACUUAUAUAUUAGCACUGCUGACUAGUUUCUAUAAUGAUGUUUUAUCCAUAUUUUUACUCUCUUUCUAGAAGGCAGAUAUUAUAACCUUCUCUUGUAUUACCAUUAACUCCAUAAAUUUUCUCCAUAAACUGAUCUUUAAAAGUUUAGAAUUGGCAUAUAUGUAUAUGCCACACCCAUUAAAAGGCCAUGCUUAUUAAAAUAUUUUGCUUGAUAUUUUGUUCCUGGAAUGAAUGGCCAAAGUUUUUUUUCCCCUUUUAAUAUGAAUGAAGUUAAAGAUUAAAUUUCAAAUAAUUCAUAUUGGAUUUGUUUCCUCAAAGCAUUAAAAGCAAGGACAACAAUGCUACUCUUCAGGGAUAAUUGCUAUAUUAAAUUAUAAGAGUAUAUUCCAGGGUAUCCCAACUCUAGUUGUCAAACUGAAUAUCUUGUGUGAUUUUUAAUGAUAGUUCAUGAAAGAUUGUUCUAGAAAAUGGCUAACAUUAAAAUAUCCAGUGCAAAUCUAACUUUCUUUGCUGGAUAUAAAAUUCAUCUAAGAAAUGGUGCAUCUUAUUUUCUAGAUAGUGAUCUUGAGGGAAAUAGUGCUGAGCAGAAAAUAAAAACUCUACUUGUAAUGCUCUUGUUGGCUCUUACAUGCGCGAACCGAGUGGUCCUGAUCCAGAAUGGCUACCCUGAUCUUUGUUGAUAAGGAAAAUGGAGAACCGGGCAAUGUGGCUCCCAGGGACGGGCAGAAGCUGCGGUCUAAGCCUCCAGUCAAAACUUUAGGUGGGAGAUCUCAGGUUUCAACACCACAAGUAGGCAAAAUGUUGGAUGCUCAAGCAACCUUGCCUAAAGUUACCAGAAGGGCUUUGGGAACUGUCAACAGAGCCACCGAAAAUUCAGUAAAGAACAAUGGACCUCUCAAACAGAAGCAGCCAAACUUCUCUGCCAAAAAGGUAACUGAGAAGACUGUCAAAGCAAAAAGCACUGUUCCAGCCUCGGAUGACACCUAUCCUGAAAUAGAAAAAUUCUUUCCCUUCAAUCCUUUAGAUUUUGAGAAUUUUGACCUGCCUGAAGAGCACCAGAUUGCACACCUCCCCUUGAAUGGAGUGCCUCUCAUGAUCCUUGAUGAGGAGAGGGAACUUGAAAAGCUGUUACACCUGGGCCCCCCUUCACCUCUGAAGAUGCCCUCUCAACCAUGGGAGUCUAAUCUGUUGCAGUCUCUAAGCGUUCUGUCGACCCUGGAUGUUGAAUUGCCACCUGUUUGUUAUGACUUAGAUAUUUAAAUUUCUUUUUUUUUUUUUAAUUUUUUUUUCAACGUUUAUUUACUUUUGGGACAGAGCAUGA